GAAAAGAGGACGUUACCAACAGUGAAGACACAACAAACUCCCUCAACCUUCAACUGCGCAAUACAGAGUCACCCUUCUGCCAUGCCACGAUCGUUCCUCGUCAAGUCUAAAAGGACUCAUCUGCUUGGCCAAUCUAAGGACUCCUUUAGACAACACUCCAAGUCCCAAACAGAUGCUGACCAGCCUGUUACGCAGGGCAGGACGGAGCCUGAAGAUGCUGUGCAGCCUUUGACCGCCACAUUUGGAGUCAAAGACUUUCUGGCUGAAGCCCACUCACUGUGGGAUAGCUUGGCAGUUCGGUCUCACAGUGCCCCCACAGAUCAUCCUUGGGCUUCAGCCACUGUGGAGAACAGAGACGCUCCUCUACAGGCCUCGCCUUGGUCGACAGACAGAUACCAGGCAUCUGAAAGAGAGAGGGAACUGGAGAGACUGGUCUUCAUAUUACUCAACCACACAUCGCACACUGACCUCAAAUCCCCCGUCAGCCAGUGCCCGCUUUGUGAAAAGUCUCUUUCAGAAGUCUUAAUAUCAAGAGGUGGUCUGCUGCCUCAUAUUUACAACACCCUCUCUGUCCCAUUGACAAGAUCAUCCACAGUCACAGACAUGCCCAGUAUGCCCUUUGGUUUCAGAGCAAGAGCUAAGGAGCGUAGCUUUGGCUGCAAGGUGUGCGGAAAGGUGUUCAAGCGCUCGUCCACCCUGUCCACUCACCUCCUCAUCCACUCAGACACGCGGCCUUACCCGUGCCAGUACUGCGGCAAACGAUUCCACCAGAAGUCAGACAUGAAGAAACACACCUUCAUACACACAGGUGAGAAACCACACGUGUGCAAGGUGUGCGGUAAAGGAUUUAGCCAAAGCUCCAACCUCAUUACCCACAGCCGAAAGCACAACAGCUUCAGGCCGUUCAGCUGCCCCCGCUGUCAGCACAGCUUCCAGCACAGGCUUGACCUGCAGCGCCACCAAGAGACUCAGUGUGUCUAUGGAAACAUGUACGCUAAAAACUGAGUCCAGGAAGUGAUGAAGUCAUAUCAAAACUGGGUGAAAUGGCACUUGUAAAUAAUUCUCAUUCAGUCAUUCACAUGCAUCAUUA